UGUGUGUGUGUGUGUGUGUGCGCGCGCGCACUGAAACACUGAAGACUGAAACCGCAUCGAUGGAGAAGUUUACGGUUCAGACGCGCGUGAGAGUUUCGGGUUACCGUACAACGAUUCUGCGUGAUGUGCGCGUGCGUGCGUGUCACCGCGCUGGAUACGUUGAACCUGUAAUGGAGUUGGAUUUGGAUCUGGUGAAAGGAUAAUACGUCAGUCAUUUAUUUUGGUUCAUACAGGCUGUAGGAAACACAGGGACUUUGAGAAGCUUUCACAGACGUCAAAAGCGGGCAGAGCAGGUAAAUGCCGUGGCCGUCGGGGGUGUGUGUUCUCCAGCGGGUGGUCUCCAGACGUUCAGGCUAACCCACCAUGCCGUCGUCCACGCGGAAAGUGAAGGACCCCGACCUCGCCAGCCUCUUCUUUAAAGAUGACCCGGAGGAGGUGUUCUGUGACCUCCAUGAGAUCGGCCAUGGAAGCUUCGGCGCCGUUUACUUCGCCCGAAACUCCUACACCAGUGAGGUGGUGGCCAUUAAGAAGAUGUCUUAUAAUGGCAAACAGACCACAGAGAAGUGGCAGGACAUCAUUAAGGAGGUCAAGUUUCUGGAACAGCUGAGACACCCAAACACCAUCGAGUACAAAGGUUGCUACCUGAAAGACAACACUGCCUGGCUGGUCAUGGAGUACUGUUUAGGCUCAGCCUCUGAUUUAUUAGAGGUUCAUAAGAAACCACUGCAGGAGGUUGAAAUCGCUGCCAUCACCCAUGGUGCCUUGUUGGGACUGGCUUACCUGCAUUCCCAUAACAUGAUCCACAGGGAUGUUAAGGCAGGAAACAUCCUACUGACUGAGCCUGGUCAGGUUAAACUGGCUGAUUUUGGCUCCGCCUCCAUGACCUCUCCAGCCAACUCAUUUGUGGGGACUCCGUACUGGAUGGCUCCUGAGGUGAUUUUAGCCAUGGACGAAGGCCAAUAUGAAGGCCGGGUAGACAUCUGGUCUCUGGGGAUCACCUGUAUUGAGCUAGCUGAGCGCAAACCUCCUCUGUUCAACAUGAAUGCUAUGAGUGCCUUAUAUCACAUUGCUCAGAAUGAUUCGCCCACGCUGCAGUCUAAUGACUGGUCGGAUGCGUUCAGGAGCUUUGUGGAUUACUGCCUACAAAAAAUACCUCAGGACAGACCCCCUUCAGCUGAUCUCCUGCGACAUGAUUUUGUUCGUCGCGAUCGACCGCCUCGGGUCCUGGUGGACCUCAUCCAGAGGACGAAGGAUGCCGUGCGGGAGCUGGACAACCUACAGUACCGCAAGAUGAAGAAGAUGCUCUACCAGGAGAAACAAAACAGUGCUAUGGGAGAGUCUCAGGAGGAGGAGGAGGACGGAGAUCAGGGCUGUAAGGGGAACAGUGUUGGCAGUAAUCACUCCGUGCCCAGUACGUCCAUCAGUACAGGCAGUCAGAGCAGCAGCAUCAACAGCCUGCAGGAGUGUAACGAUGACCCCUGCUCUGAGAUUGCACUACCACCACACGAGUAUGAGAGUACACUCGAGUCUUCCACACAUCACAAAAAGGAUCAUCAGUAUAUCCGUGAUGAAGGUGGUCACCUCUCUGACAUUCGACCUUCACCAUCAGAUCGCGCUCAGGCUCAUAAUUAUAAAAACCGUGAACGAUUCGCUACCAUCAAGUCCGCAUCACUGGUGACGCGUCAGAUCCACGAACAUGAGCAGGAGAACGAGCUGCGUGAGCAGAUGUCCGGCUACAAGCGCAUGCGACGGCAGCACCAGAAGCAGCUGAUCGCUCUGGAGAACAAGCUGAAGGCCGAGAUGGACGAACACAGGCUGAAGCUGCAGAAGGAGGUGGAGACGCAGGCCAACAACGCCUACAUCGAGCUGGAGAAACUGGCCAAGAAGCACGCUAUCCAAACGGAUAAAGAGAUGAAGACGACGGCAGCAGACGAGAAGAAGUUCCAGCAGCAGAUUUUGGCUCAGCAGAAGAAAGAGCUCACCAUCUUCCUGGACAACCAGAAGAAACAGUACAAACUGUGCAAGGAGAAAAUUAAAGAGGAGAUGAACGAGGACCACAGCACUCCAAAGAAGGAGAAGCAGGAGCGUUUGUCCAAGCAUAAAGAGAACAUGCAGCAUUCACAGGCGGAGGAGGAAGCGCAGCUCCUUAGCCAGCAGCGUCUCUACUACGAGCGCAACUGCAGGGCUUUCAAGCGCAAAGUCAUGACCAAGAGACACGAGUUCGAGCAGGAGCAGCUACGAGAGGAGCUGAAUAAGAAGAAGACGCAGAAGGAGAUGGAGCACGCCAUGCUAAUCAGACACGACGAGUCCACUCAGGAGCUGGAGCACCGGCAGCUAAAAACCCUGCAGAAGCUGCGCAUGGAUCUGAUCCGCCUGCAGCACCAAACCGAGCUGGAGAACCAGAUCGAAUACAAUAACCGCAGAGAGAGAGAACUGCACCGCAAACACGUCCUCGAGCUCCGGCAGCAGCCCAAAAACCUUAAGGUGAUGGAGCUGCAGA